CAGGUAUGCUAGCAACACCAAUGCAGGGAAUUGUUUUUCCUGGUUACAAGAGUAAAAUCAUUCAGCUAGGCAGCUACAGAAUUUGACAUACAGAAAGUAUAGUAAUGGGUGUAUAUGCCAGUAAAUUUCAUGAAAGUGGAGGUAAAACGCUUCUGGAGUCAACAGAUCCUUCACAACCCAACUGGAUCAGUGCACAUGCUGAAACCUGUAAAUUGUCUAUACCAGAGGUGCUGCGAUGCUGGAACAGAUUUCUAAUGCUUGAUCCUGAGUCCAAUGGUAAUGUUAAACGAAGUCACUUUUUCUUCAGAGAUGAAUUCAGCAAAAAGCUAUGUGAACAAAUUCCAGUUUCAGAAGAUGAGGUUAUAACAUUUCAGACAUAUUGCAGCGCUGUGUCGUGGUUAAGCAAAGCCCCCAAAGAAAGCAAACUCAGAGGACUCUAUCAAACUUUAACCACAAGCGAAUUGACUAAGGAAUCUCUUCAUAUCCUGCUUUACCAUUUAUACCCUAACGAAGAAUCAAAAGUUAUCAGUGACCUUUGCCAUCUUUUACUUUUGGAAAUUGAUAAGGAUAAUAAAGGUGCCAUUGAUGAGGAUCAGUUUGUGACUUGGGUUAAUAAUAUGCCUCACAUGCAGGUUUCAUCAAUAUUGAACUUUUCAUUACUGCCACCAAAUAUGACAUCAGCGUCUGAAACUGUCACUUCCAUUUCAACAAGCAGUGAUUUAGAUAACAGCUGGGGAAUACGUGAUAACCAGCUUCAACAGGUAGCGCUGCUAAUGGCAAAAAGGAAGAGAGACUGGCGACUCCUAGCAAAUCAUUUGGGGUUGCUAGAGAAAGACUGUAUGUUCUUUGAACAGAACCAUUCUGACACUAGAGAUAAGAUCCUAGAUAUGCUGCAGGUGUGGAGGAACGCUCAUGGAAAGCAGGCCCAGUCACAGAUGCUACAGAACGCACUGAAACAAACCCGCAACACUGAUAUUGCCAAUGAGACUUUCAAUCUGAAUUUUUAAACAUUAUAGACCUCCUUAGCCUUACUGAUAGAGGAUGGCACAUUGCAUCACCAGUUAAUCACAACACAUGUGAAUUACACCAGAAUGAAUGAACAUGUUUAAUUUUUGCAAAUGAAUCUGUGGUUUUCAGGAUAACUAUUCAAAAUAAUUAGCUUUCGUCAUUACCAUAAUAAGUCAUUUCAUUUUAUGUAACUAUGCAUAUAAUGGAAAUGUGAACUUAAUUAUAUAGCUGUGUUAAAAUUGGGCAAGCAUGAAGGCUACCAUUUAUGGUGUGCCUGUUAUGCAGCUUUGAGAACCCUGGGGGUCAUUCCGAGUUGUUCGCUCGUUAUUUUUUUGUCACAACGGAGCGAAUAGUCGCUAAUGCGCAUGCGCAAUGUCCGCAGUGCGACUGCGCCAAGUAAAUUUGCUAUGCAGUUAGGAAUUUUACUCACGGCAUUACAAGGUUUUUUCUUUGUUCUGGUGAUCGUAAUGUGAUUGACAGGAAGUGGGUGUUUCUGGGCGGAAACUGGCCGUUUUAUGGGAGUGUGUGAAAAAACGCUACCGUUUCAGGGAAAAACGCGGGAGUGGCUGGAGAAACGGAGGAGUGUCUGGGCGAACGCUGGGUGUGUUUAUGACGUCAAACCAGGAACGACAAGCACUGAACUGAUCGCAGAUGCCGAGUAAGUCUGGAGCUACUCAGAAACUGCUAAGAAGUGUCUAUUCGUAAUUCUGCUAAUCUUUCGUUCGCAAUUUUAAUAUGCUAAGAUUCACUCCCAGUAGGCAGUGGCUUAGCGUGUGCAAAGCUGCUAAAAGCAGCUUGCGAGCGAACAACUCGGAAUGACCACCCCUAACAUUAAUCGUACAGCAUCAAUGGAAGCCUAACUGGAAUGAAUGUAAAACUGAGCCCCACUUACUUGCUCAUAGAUGCCUUAGCUACUAUUUCUCUUACGUCCUAGAAGAUACUGGGGUCCACAUUAGUACCAUGGGGUAUA